AAAUGGUGAAGUUCUCAGUGGCACUCAAUGAGGAAGCAAACAAGCACGCAGCAGAGGAGUUUGGGUCCUGCAGCAGAGCAACCGCAGGCAGAGCAGCUCCUCAUCUGUUGUUGUUGCCGGAUUAUGUUUUUUACGAGACAGGAAACGAGACAAGCACAGAGACUGAACCAAGGAGGACUUCUUUAACUGUGUUAUCAGAAACAUCUUCAACACAGCAGUAACUCAGAAAGGACACCAGAGAAACCUCUUAUAUGAAGGUAGUUAAUGCAGUUUUAAAUUGGACAGAAAUUCAGCAGCAGGCAAGUCAAAUUUUAAAUGGGUACCAAGGAGAAAGAUUCAGAACCUGCAGCUCAGCCACCAUCAAAGGAGCAGGAAUUACCAGAGAAGGAAAAGGACUCUCCAGUUGAGCAUCCUCAAACAUCUGAGACCACCGACCCUCUCAAUACAUACAAGUGGCAUACUGGCUCCAGGGGAAUGCUCAAUGAGCAAAGAGAAGAAGGAGAUGGUGCUGCAGCUUCUUCUACAUCUACUAUUGACAAGAUUCAGAAGGCCUCCAGCAACAAAUGGACCAAGAUGCAAAAUUGGCGCAAAGCUCUGAGCGAGGAUCCCACAGACAAAAAUUCAACCGGCGGGAAAUGUGGAGAGGGACUUAAGGCUGAGAAAGGUGCAGGGAUGACCAGAAAGAAUCCGUUCAGAAGGGCCCUUUCAGAGCCUCCUGGAUCUCUUUUUGCAGCUCUGACGCCUUCCUCCAGUUCUGCCAGCUCAGCUCAAGCAGCUUCAUCCUCUACAUCAGCUGCAGCAGAGGCUUCAGCGGGUUCCUCCAGUGACCCCUUGACAAAAGGAGGUGGAGGGGCAAUCUUUAAAAAGUACCUGUUGAAUGUGACAAAGAAGCUCAAGAGGCCUAAGCUGCAGAGCCGCCACAGCGAGCAUUUACUUUCAGAUUUGGAGGAGGUUGUACCGGCGCAUGCUAUAGCCUGUGAACCUGCAAGACAACUAUGGGUUCCACCUCAGGAGGUCCCCUUAUGGGACAUCAACAACUGUGUCCUGGAAGAUGGACAAAUCCUCAUUUCUCAAGAGGAUGAGCCAAUGACUUGGAUCCGAAACCGUGUCAGCAGCUGCUUGUCCAACCUCAGCGUGCAGAACUUCGCUGAAAUGGAUGCAGAAUGCAGCCCUGACAACAUUGGCCUUCCAGGCGGUCCUCGGCCAACAACCCAGAAUGGUGGUGUGCGGGCACUGAUCAAACGCCGCCUGGAUAAGGCCAAAAGGAACAGUGCCACCCAACUGAACCCAGGUUUAAACAAACUAAGCAGGCAAUAUGGUUCCCGUGAGUCUGUAUCAGUUCCAGUGGGGAGUCUGGAUCUGAGCGCUGACACCAGUACUGUCAUCAGACCGGUCCACAGUUCCAUUUUAGGGGAAAAGUACUGCUUUGAGGUGAUAAGUUCUGAAAAUACCCACUGCUUUGGCUGCUCCUCGGCUGCUGAACGGGACCGCUGGAUUGAAGACCUCAGACGUGCUGCUCAGCCCAAUAAGGAUAACAUCGAGCGCACUGAGAAUUCCUUGAGUCUGUGGGUUAACGAAGCAAAGGAUCUUCCACCCAAACGACGUUACUACUGUGAAGUUCACCUAGAUGGAACCUUGUUUGCCCGCACAAGCAGCAGAGCUGUUGGCAAACCAACUAAUCGCUCCAGCAUGGCCGGGGACAAUGCCUCCGGGUCUUCAGGAGGCCUGGGGACUGGUGGGGGGGUGGCUGGAGGCUGUCAAUUAUUUUGGGGGGAGUUCUUUGAGCUUGACAACCUUCCCUCUUUCUCCCAAAUCACCCUGCACCUCUUCCGCGAGGAAGACUCCAAGAAGAAGCGCCACUCCCGAGAUGAGUCCAGCCUGCAUCCGCUGGGCAGUGUGACCAUACCUAUGGCAGAUAUCCAAGGGAGGACCUAUCAGGAGAAGUGGUAUCCCAUCACAUCUUUCAAGGCUUCGGCCUCAGCUGGGAACAAGGAGGUGUUGUGUCCACAAGCUUCUUUGCGCAUCAGGGCCCGGUUCCAGAACCUGAAAGUGCUGCCGAUGGAAAAAUACAAAGAGUUUGCAGAGUAUGUGACAGUGAAUUAUUUAGAAAUGUGUGGAAACCUGGAACCGCUCCUCAACGUGAAAGAGAAAGAGGAGCUGGCAGGAGCUCUGGUCCACGUACUCCAGAGUAUCGGCAAAGCCAAGGAAUUCCUAAUUGAUUUGGGUGCAGCAGAGGUGGAACGACUCGGUGAGAAGGAAGCAUUGAUCUUUAGAGAAAACACACUGGCCACAAAAGCCAUAGAUGAAUAUAUGAAGCUGGUUGGCCAGAAGUACCUCAUUGACACACUAGGGGACUUUAUCCACCGGCUUUACGCCUCAGUGGAGAACUCUGAAGUUGACCCACUCAAAUGCCCUGGCAGUGAGCUGUCCAGCAACCAGCAGCACUUGAGGGAAACCUGUGAAGAUGUGGUGCAGAAGAUUAUUGAGAUACACGGACCUUUUCCUGAAGAAUUAAACAAGAUCUUCUCCAACUGGAUGGAGCUUUGUGAAGACCAGGGGAAAGCAGAAAUUGGGCAGCGUCUGAUCUCUGCCUCCCUCUUCCUUCGCUUCUUAUGUCCUGCUAUUCUGAGUCCUUCUCUUUUUGGCCUGACACAAUCAUAUCCGGAGCCGAACACCCUGCGGACCCUCACCUUAACUGCCAAAGUCAUCCAGAAUCUGGCCAACUUCACCUUGUUUGGAGAGAAGGAGGAGUACAUGCUGUUCAUGAAUGAGUUCCUGCAGCAGCACUGGGACGGAAUGAGGUGUUUUCUGCAAACAGUGUCCAGUCAAGACACUGAAAUCCCAAUGACGUCCUUUGAUGGUUAUGUAGAUUUGCCCCUGCGUCUGGCCGUGCUACAUGGCCUCCUGGUGGACAUUAUCUAUAAGAAGGAGCAGGACACAAUUGAUAAAUUGCAUCCUCUGCCUUCAAUCCUGAACCAGAUAAGUGAAUCACUUGGUCCUAAAGCACCUCGGAUCAUUGUGAACAGCCAUACAGAACAUUCCAAACCAAUGUAUGUUCCUCCUAAAGACUUGAAAAAGUACAGUCCUCUUCAGUCUUCUCUCCAGAGGCUGCCUGUGGACUCCAAAGCCAUGCGAGACAGACCUCGCAGGAGCAUGAGAGAGAGGAAACCAGUGGCCAGAACUCAGAGUGCUCCACACAGACGUCCGGGUCACAGCAAACAAGCCCUGAAGAGGCAGACAAGUUCGGAAGCUCUGCCGACAUCUGACCAUGAGCAAGAGAUGGAGGCCAACCAGCCUGUUAUCACCCCACCAAAUACCAGUGUAAGCAUCAAGCGUCCACCUGCACCAGUUCCAUGGAUCGUCAACCCAAACAGGGACUCGGGUGAGAUGGAAGCUGAGAACGAGCAGUUCAGUUUACUGGACCGGCAUGCCCAGGAGCUGUCCGAGCUCCGUCUGGGGAUAGAGCAGGUGACGGAGCGGGAGCUGGACAUGGCCAAGCGUCUCGAGGACUUCAUCAUCCAAAGUCAGGACCAGAAUGCAAUGCUGCAAGUUGAGGUGAAUGAGCUGAGGAACAUGCUGGUGGUGCGAGAGGAACAGCUCGCCAGUGCCACCUUCAGGUUGGGAGUGAUUGAAGAGGAAAGGGAAGAAGAUGAGAGGAAACUUAGUGUUGCACUUGCAGCAGCCGAUAGAAUGAAUGUGUUGGAGGAACAGUUUGCAGGCCUGAUGAAGGACCUGAAGCAGCUCAACGAGGCCUACAGCAGCAGCCAGAACAAGAUACAGCAACCCGAAAAACCCCACAUCAACAGCACCUGAGCCUGGACAGAGACAGAAAAUCCAUACUUUUCAUUUUGUAUAAAUGUCUGUGCUGAGCUCAAUAGACCUUUAAGGUUUAUCCGCAUUUCUGCUUGUUUUGUAUCGAAAUCUCAAAUGUGUUUAACUUGUAAACCUUUCUAAUAAUUAAAGAAACUACAAAGUGUCUCAUCUGUCAAUUUUAAAUCUAAUUAUUACAAUAAAAUAAAUGUAACUGA